UGUGGAGCGAGCGACACAAGCAUUGUUUUGAUGCGACAUCAUGUAAUGUUGACGUGAUGAUUAGCAAUUCAAAAUACUGAUAAAUCAAAUAAGUUACAUUCUGAACCUGGACUAUAACAUAUCAAGAAACUGGAAAAGGUUACAGCUAGAAAUACGUUUGUGCUGUCCUUGCGACACAGACGACGGCUGUCUCCCAGAGUGAGGCCCAGGCAGGAGCCGGCUGCAGCGGAGCAGGGCACCAUGAUGGAGGGGGGCAUGCAGCUGCUGAACCGUGACGGCCACAGCAUCUCGCACAACUCCAAGCGCCACUACCACGACUCGUUCGUGUCCAUGAACAGGAUGCGCCAGCGCAGCUUGCUCUGCGACAUCGUGCUGCACGUCUCCAACAAGGAGAUUAAGGCACACAAGGUGGUGCUGGCAUCCUGCAGUACCUACUUCCACGCCAUGUUUACAAAUGAGAUGUCGGAGAGUCGCCAGACCCACGUGACCCUGCAUGACAUUGACCCCCAGGCGUUGGAACAGCUGGUUCAGUAUGCCUACACAGCAGAAAUCGUGGUGGGGGAGGGCAACGUGCAGACCUUACUCCCAGCGGCCAGCCUGCUGCAGCUCAACGGGGUGAGGGACGCCUGCUGUAAGUUCCUCCUCAGCCAGCUGGACCCCUCUAACUGCCUGGGUAUCCGCGGCUUCGCAGACACGCACUCCUGCAGCGACCUGCUCAAGUCGGCGCACAAGUACGUCCUGCAGCACUUCGUGGAGGUGUCCAAGACCGAGGAGUUCAUGCUGCUGCCGCUGAAACAGGUAUUGGACCUGAUCUCCAGUGACAACCUGAACGUGCCGUCGGAAGAGGAGGUAUACCGGGCCGUGCUGAGCUGGGUCAAACACGACGUUGACGGGCGCAGGCAGCACGUUCCCUGGCUGAUGAAGUGUGUACGCCUGCCCCUACUGCGGAGGGAUUUCCUCAUGAGCAACGUGGACACGGAGCAGUUGGUGCGUCACCACUCGGAGUGCAAGGACCUGCUCAUCGAAGCCCUCAAGUACCACCUGAUGCCCGAGCAGAGAGGCGUGCUGAGCAACAGCCGCACCCGGCCUCGUCGCUGCGAGGGCGCCAGCCCCGUGCUCUUCGCCGUUGGUGGGGGCAGUCUGUUUGCCAUCCACGGCGACUGCGAGGCCUACGACACGCGGACCGACCGCUGGCACAUGGUGGCCUCUAUGUCCACCCGGCGGGCACGGGUGGGCGUGGCGGCCAUAGGAAACAAGCUGUACGCAGUGGGAGGGUAUGACGGUACCUCCGAUCUAGCGACUGUGGAGUCCUACGACCCGGUCAACAACUCCUGGCAACCCGAGGUUUCCAUGGGGACGCGACGGAGCUGUCUGGGUGUGGCGGUGUUGCACGGCCUCCUGUACUCGGCCGGCGGUUACGACGGAGCUUCCUGCCUCAACAGUGCAGAGCGGUACGACCCUCUGACCAGCACCUGGACCUCCAUCGCUGCCAUGAGCACCCGAAGGAGAUAUGUCCGUGUGGCCACUCUGGAUGGUAGUCUGUAUGCAGUAGGAGGGUAUGACAGUUCCUCACACCUAGCUACAGUGGAGAAAUAUGAACCACAGAGCAACGCGUGGACGGCCAUCGCCAACAUGCUGAGCCGACGCAGCAGUGCUGGGGUGGCUGUGCUGGAGGGCAUGCUCUACGUAGCCGGGGGAAAUGACGGCACCAGCUGCCUGAACUCAGUGGAGCGGUUCAACCCCAAGACCAAUGCCUGGGAGGGCGUGGCGCCCAUGAACAUCCGCAGAAGUACCCAUGACCUUGUGGCCAUGGACGGCUGGCUGUACGCAGUGGGCGGCAACGACGGCAGCUCCAGCCUCAACUCCAUUGAGAAGUACAACCCGCGCAGCAACAAGUGGGUGGCGGCCUCCUGCAUGUUCACGCGACGCAGCAGCGUGGGCGUGGCCGUCCUGGAGCUGCUCAACUUCCCGCCGCCCUCGUCGCCCACGCUCUCCGUGUCCUCCACCAGCCUUUGACACGGGGCUAGGUUCCGGCUGACCUCAGCCCCCGCCUCGGUCACCGCCGCCCCCCGCACAGCCAGGCCCAAGCAAGAGACUUAACUGCUCUGUGUG